CAGGCGCCGUUAAGAGGCAGCAGCGCUCAUAGGAGUGCGUUGUUCGCCUUCCGCCGUCAACAGACAAUAAAUCCCGUGACGUCGUAACGCUGUACGUGCGUGCGGCGCCGCGCAGCAAUAUGUCGCUUCAUGAAGAGGAGGAAGACUUGGAGUGGGAGCCUCCCACCGAGGCCGAGAUGAAGGUGAUCCAGGCCCGGAGGGAGAGACAGGACCAGAUCAGCAAAGUCAUGGGCGACUACCUCCUCAAAGGCUACAAGAUGCUGGGCGAGUGCUGCGAUGUUUGUGGCACCAUCUUGCUGCAGGACCGCACACACAAGAACUAUUGUGUCUCAUGCCAGGAGCUGGACUCUGACGUUGACAAAGACAAUCCUGCCCUCAAUGCACAGGCGGCGUUGUCUCAGGUGCGAGAACGGCGUCUGGCGGCCCGGUCUCCGGCUCCGUCUGAUCCGGUACACGUCAACGGUGACUGCGGCGUUGUUGCCGUCCCCCAGCCCAGACCGGAGCACUGCGAAGGAGCGGCAGCCGGGGGCAGGGCAGUCCCCCCCGCGCCCGUGGCCCCGCCGACACCAGCGCCCCCCGCCGUCAUCGUCCCCGGAGCAGCCGCAGCUGUUCCGGGGGCCGCUGCCACCGCCCGCCCACCGGCGCCCAGUGCGGCCUUGCGUCCGCUCCCUCGACGUCCCGUGCUGCAGGAUGCCGAGGAGGCGGUGCUAAGCAAAAUGCGCUGGGCCAGCGACCAGCUGCAAACCAGCGCCUCCCUGGAGUCCAGCAUCCAGCUGUGCAACCUGAUCUCCAGCUGCGCCGCCUCCCUGCGGAGCCUGCGGGAGAUCAGCCAGUGAGGGUGCUUUGCCCUUUGAACUCUUGAGCAGGUAGGCCAGAUGUCACCGGUGAGCUAGCUCUCAUGUUUGUCUAAGUUAUUUUUCUCUCUUCAGUGUUUGGCCAUUAAAAUAAUUCUGCUGAUGUUUCCAUGGCAACCUGUUGCCUGGUCACAAAAAGUCUUCCCAAUAGAAAACCUGCAGAUGGUUUGCCCAUUUGUGAUUUUUUUGUUUUUGGGAACCAAAGGGAAGAACUCACCUAAAACUGGUGAGGUUUUUCUCCAAAUAAAAGCAACAAAUUGUGAAGACUGGAUUGGAGACUUGACGUUGUAGGGCCGUAGAGUGGCCUCGUGGUUUGCACGUGUGCCUCACGGUUACCUAGGUCUGGGCUGCCCGCUAUUUCCUUGUUCUGCGGGGAGACCUGCGCCAUGAUAUCUGCUCUAUAUUGAAAGUAGGCAUGUUUUGCAGACAUUCACCAGUCAAAAUAACUUUGCUUGUUUUGUUCAAAAUUGAUGUCUAGAAUGAUUAGAUGAAGAAGCUUUGAUUUCUAUGAAAAUGUCUUCAAAAAAUGUUAAGAGAUUUUUGAAAAUUGGAAAUAGUCACAUUCUUCAGAAACAUGUAUGACCCAAUGACUCCCAUGGUGCUACGCCGAUAGCGCAACCAAUUACAUUCUUGCAAUUAGUCGGGAUGACUAAGAGCAGCGUGGGACAUUUUGCUCUGAUUGGUGUGUUCUGGGCCACCCUCCAUGAUGGAUGGAUUACCUGUUGUCUCCACAAGAGGGCACUAGAUGCAAACGCCUUCCAGAAAACAAAUUAACUUGACACUUGUUUUUUUUUUCCUUUUCAUACGUUGGCUCACCUGGAGGUAUCAGUUUGUGAGAUGUUGUAUUGAUCAUAAAGAACUACACUAUA